UCAACCGUAGUUCUGAACCUUCACACUGUGUGUGUGUGUGUUAAGGGGACGUCCUUCUACCUGUUAAGCUGUUUUUUUCCCAUCAUCCUUUCUGGCUCUUGGUUGUUUUUUUUUGUUUUUUUGGUGAACACCCUUUUAACAAACAGACGUGUGUAAACUGAGGACACCUGCUGGACACUGUCUGCUACUGCAGCUCACAGCAGGAUGAACUCACCCUCAAGCACGUGUCACUUUAAUCUCUCCUUUACCUCCUGCUCCUCCUCCUCCUCCUGCUCCUCCCCAUCUUGUCCACAGACUCAGUGCAUCCACCAGCUGCAGCAGAGACAGAGACAGACAGCAGAGACAGACAGCAGAGACAGAGACAGAGACAGAGACAGGAGCAGGUGGGACCUGGAGUCUGAAGAGGAUUCUCCAUGCAUGUGUGUGUGUGUGUGUGUAAACUGCUGUGAGUGACAGACGUUUUCUCUGUGGACGAGUGAAGUGAGGACGAGCCAUGAUCGACCUGAGUCACCUGACGGAGGAGGAGCAGGGGAUGAUCAUGACGGUGCUGAGGAGAGACGCUGAUCUGAAGAAGGCUGAGGAGGAAAGAGUCAGGAAACUGGAGCGAGUCCUGACGAGUGAGUCAGAGUCAGAGUCAGAAAACAAACUCAAGUAUCUGAGCGGUGAAUGGUUUUAUGAGGCGAAGAGUCGACGACACAUGGACACAAUCCACGGCUCAGAAAUCAUCCUGGCCGCCAUCAAACACAAGAGAGAAGGUUCUGUCAGAUCAGACCGAUCCAGAACCUCCAGCAGUCGAGGUUCUGACAUCGUGGCUCCACCAAAACCUGCCAGAUGUUUGGAGCUGCUGCAGCUGCGCGACAACAAUCAUUUUGAAGAAGACAAUGUAAACGUGGAAGUUUCUUCUCCACGAACCCCAAGACGUAAUCCUUUCAACAGAGCUUCACUCGUCGUCGUGGAAACGCCAGAAAACAACGACCAUGCGUCGUCCACUGAGACAGAAGUCAAACCUCACACUGUUUCCAGUCAGACGUCACAAAGUUCCGUCCCGUCUCAGAACUCAACCCUCGGUUUCAAACCGGUGCCAAAGAAGAGGACGUUUGUGUCCAGACGUCGCAGCAGUCAGCCGGACGUUAACGGCCUGCAGGGGGCAGAGUUUCCUCUGAGGCAGACUCGCCUCGUUCCCGCUCCGAGGCCAAGCGUCCGGCGUGGAUCCGGAUCCGGCUCUGGCUCCGGUCUGAAGAGUUCUGAGGAAAAACCCGACCAAGGUUCAGUUCCAGACUUUACUGCGCAGGAAAACUCCCAUCAGCCACCGGGCCACGUCUCUCAGGAGUCGUCUAAUUCCAGUGUGGACAGAGAGAAACAACGGUCAGUGGAUUUCUGUGAUUCCAGAGCUGCUGUUGAUGAAGGAGGUGACCUUUCACCUCAGAGAGAAACCACACCGACAAGCAAUGAAGAAGAAGAUCAGACCUUCAGAGUCCAGGAUUCAGACAGUGUGGCAACAACAGAGAGGCAUGAGGACCUGAGUCUGACACAAAGCAUUGUGGAUCCAGAUCCUCCCGUGUCCUAUGAUCUCAACUACAUCGAGAAGUCCAAUCAACAAACGCAGAAGAAAACAAAGAAGAAAAACGUCUUCACGUUGUCCACUCAGGCCAGCAGUCCCACGGGGGACGGAGACUCCAUUGCCAAGGUGCUGGACUGGUUCAGCCGCAGUCUAGACAGCCUGGACUUUGUGGGCACUGAAGAUGAACCACAAAGAUCCACAAAGACCUCAAACAGACGUGAAGACACCAGCAGAGACGUCAGAGACAAAGACACGGUGGAUUUUACUGAGAGUGACACACAAAGACAAGCUAACGUGGCUAACGAGAUCAGAGCAUCAGACAGAACAGGCAACAAGGAACCGAGGACACAGGAAAUGGAACAUGAAGACAACCAAACAUCUAAAAUCUCUCAUCUGAAGACGUUCUGGGAGACAAAAAACGCGAAAAAUAUACUCACACACACGUCCAGCAACAGAGGACAAACCGUCUCAUCAGAGGAAGACGACGAGGACGAGAUCAGAGCUCACGCGGCGUCUGAAAUCCACUCUGCUCCUGGAAUCAACAACGAGGACAAAGACAUGGAAGACAACGUUCACGUCAGUAAUAAGCAGCAGGACGACUCCCUGGAGACAGACUCUUUAUCUCAGAGGAACGAAAUCCACUCACAGCGUUUAAAGUUAGCGUCCUGCUCCAGACCUGACAGAAGAAGCUCAGACGCUGAGAUUUUAAGUGAAAGGACAGACCUUCAGUCCAGAGAGAGUCCGGACCUUCAGUCCAGAGAGAGUCCAGACCUUCAGUCCAGAGAGAGUCCAGACUCUCAAAGCAUCAAAUCAAAUCCACAGCAACAGUCUCAGCCGGACACUGAUGUCCAACCCAACCCAGAGUCUUUAGACUCUGAGAGGCUUCACAUGGAGCAAAAUGAUACCCACAACAGCUCUAAACUUCACAGAAGCUCAGGUGAAGACACAGUUCUGUCUCCCAAACGUAAAGACGUGUCCAACAAAGACAGAGCCGACACAGCGGAGAGAAUCAAGCAGCUGAAAUCUUUCUGGGAACAGGAGAGAAACAAACCCAUCUUCUACUCGCCUCCAACUCCAGACGACGGGAAAGUUCCCCGGGGUUCAAACCUGCAAAAACUUAACAAAAGAUUCACAAAGUCAGAGUACGAUCUGCGCUCGGUGGGACAUGAGGACCAGGACACGGACGAAGAGGACUUUGACAGAAAUCAUUACCAUUUUAACGUUCGUCCUUUGAAUCAGGGAUUAGACAAGAUGUCGCCGACUCUGAGCACGAGCCGAUCACAGUUCAACACUCUGCGAGAGUUCUGGGACGAAGCCACGUCAGAAACCAAGUCCUCGGUUUCCUUUGACAAACCCAAGAGUCCCAAAAGAAAAGAGCCCUCGAGUUUCCAGGAGAUGAACGACAUUUACCGUCUGUCUGUGGCCGAGAAAACAAGACCAGCCGUCAUGAAGACACCUCCGUCUCCACAGAGCAGAACAAAGCCACGACCAGAAACCAGCGACAGAAACAAAGCGUCCAACUUUACCACAACUGAGUCCAGGAGAAGCUCCAAAGAUUCUGAGAAACCCCUGAAACCACAGACCCGUUCUCCAAAGAGCCGGAGAGACUCCUUCACCAGGUCGAGUGGAAGUGGAAGCUCUCUACGUCGCAGCACCAGCAUGUUCGCUCUGAGCGCUGCUGAAGAACAAGAUCCAGACCAGUUUCUGAUGGACCUAAGCCCCGCCCAUUUCCAGAGCAGGAAGCAGAGGCAGAAUGCAGAGAAAGGUGCCAAAGCCAGAAGGUCAUCGGAGGGAACCGACGUCCUGACUCCACGCGCUCGAGCGUUUGUUCCCUCAGAUUAUCGACAUUAUCUGGGAAUGACGGCGAACCCCGGCGUCCACACUUCCCCCGCGACUGACGACGACGUGGCGGCGGCAAAGCCUGCGUUUGAAUUUGAUCUGAACGCACCAAUCAGAGCCAGCACACCGCUCACUGCAGAGGAGCGGCACACCAGGAAGGCCAAGGCCAACCAGCGCCCCCUGUGGCCAAACUACAGCAGCUCAGACACGGGACAGGAGUCGUCAGUGAGCAGCGCCUCAGAGACCUGGACCACGUCCAGGAUCAGCUUCAACCGAGAAAAAGACGACGACGGUCAAAACCCUGUGAAGAAAGCUCUGCGGCGAGCGGAGGCGUGGCCUAAGACUAAAAGCAUCGAGGACAUCACGUCACCGUCGCUGUCGUCACGAGACAGAAACAAAGACUCCACUGAACAAAGACGCGUCAGUGACGCCUCGUCCGUCCCUUCCCCCUCCUCGUCCUUGUCUCUGGAUCCAGAACACCUGAAGAAAAUGAGUAAAUCUGUGCCGUCGUUCUUACAGCAGGAGGACGAGGACAGAGACGUCGCUGAGUCUCCGUAUUACGAGGACAUUUUCCUCAAAAGGAGCUCCAUGACUAACCUGACCCACCGCUCCUCUGGCAUGGCUUCUCUGUCGUCUUUAAGCGGCAGCAUCAUGACCAUGUACAGCGGUGACUUUGGAAACGUGGACGUUCAGGGGAACAUUCAGUUUUCCAUCAACUACAUCAACAAACUCCGAGAAUUUCACAUCUUUGUGGCCGAGUGUCAGGAUUUAGCUGCUGUCGAUCCAAAAAGACGCCGAUCUGACCCCUACGUUAAAAGCUACCUGGUUCCUGACAAAGCUAAUCUGGGAAAGAGGAAGACGUCUGUGAAGAAGAAGACACUUCAUCCAAAAUUCAACGAGAUCCUGAGAUAUCGUGUUCGUAUGGAGUACCUCAGGACUCAGACGCUCAUUCUCUCUGUUUGGCAUCACGACACGUUUGGCAGAAACAGUUUUUUAGGCGAGGUCGACGUGGAUCUGUCCACAUGGGACUUUGACCACACCCACAUGAACUACUUAGACCUGAAAGCAAGGACCACGCCCACCCCAGCGCCAUCAAGUGGACGAGGAGAGAUGAAACUGGCCAUACGUUUCCUGCCACAGAUCAGCCACAGCGAAGGCGUGGCUAAAGACGGUCCCAACACUGGUGAGGUUCAUAUUUGGGUGAAAGAAUGCCGGAAUCUGCCUUUAAUCCGAGCCACCAUCGACCCUUAUGUCAAAUGCUUUGUGCUGCCGGACACAAGCAGGAAAAGUCGUCAGAAGACGCGUGUCCUGCGUCGGACCACGGACCCCGUGUUUAACCACACGAUGGUUUACGACGGCAUCAGUGACUCUGACCUCGCUGAGGCGUGUGUGGAGCUGACUGUGUGGGACAGGGACAGGUUAGCCAGUCACCUGCUGGGCGGAGUGAGGCUCGGUGUGGGAACAGGUAAAAGUUACGGCGCUCCGGUGAGCUGGAUGGACUCGACGGUGCAGGAGGUGGCGCUGUGGGACCAAAUGAUGGCAUCCCCUGAUGAGUGGGUGGAGAGUCUCCUCCCACUGAGGACGGUCCACUCUGCAAAGACGGCUUUCAAAUGAAAACACGCUUUAAAGGUGCAGUGCUUGGCUUUAAAUAACCGCUCAUUAAUGUGAUUCAUCAUAAAGCGACAGAAUCAAAUAUGUGCAUCAAUUAAAAAGUGACUUUAAUGUAAAACAGUGUUUACCACCUUUCAUCAAAUAUUAGGAUUAAAAGUUGAUUUUUGAGCUGAAAAUAUUCUUUAAUAUUCAGGUGAUUCUGUUUUUCGUCUUCUCUGAUUCUUUGCUUUUAUCUCAAUAAAUUCACUUCAGCAUUUUAAAAAAACUGGGAGGUGUUUUUUUUAAAUGCACUGCACCUUUAAGCAGCUGAGAGUUUAUCGUAAAUGACUUAAAAACAAAACAAAGAAAUUCUGUCCAGGAAGAAAUGUUUUCAUAAAAAGAGUCACAUUUAAGAGUUUAUACCUUAAAAUCCCUUAGAGAUAAAAUGCAGUUGUAUUUAAUGCUAAAAUAUAAUUAGGGUUCGAGCAACAAGGUUGCAAGAAUUCUUAUUAUUGUUAUCACACAUAAAUUUUCAAAUGUUAUGUAUUACAAAAAAUGACAUUAUGUCUGGAUUAAGAUGUCAAAUUAUAGUUUUUACUGAA